AUGCGUGGUGCGAAGGGGUUUGGGGUCCGGAGGAAGCUUAGUCCCCGAUACAUUGGACCAUAUGAGAUUUUGGAGCACAUGGGUGUGGUGGCGUAUAGAGUUGCCUUACCACCAAAGAUUGCGGGAAUUCACAAUAUGUUUCACGUGUCUCAUCUCCGCAAGUGUGCCCAUAAUUCCUCUCAUGUCUUAGAGUAUGAACCGGUAGAGUUGCGCGAGGAUAUGACCUAUGAGGAGUAUCCGGUGUGCAUUCUUGCUCGAGAGGCGAGGAAAUUACAGAAUCAUACAAUUCCGUAUGUCAAAGUUUAG